AUGGAAUGCAAUUUGAUAAUGAUUGGAGAUCAAAAGGUUGGAAAGUCCUCCAUUUUGUUAAGGUUGUCCACAAACUAAUUUUCUGAUUCGUAUGAACCAACUAUUUGGGCUACAGUCAAAAAAAAAAUCGACAUUAAUAACAUCUCAAUCAAUUUGAAUUUCACAGAUAUCUGUUGUCAAGAACAUUAUUUGUCAAUUAGAAAAAACUCUUAUAUUAACAAGGAUAUUAUUAUAAUUGUUUUUGAUAUCAAUUAGAUUGCAAGUUUCCAUAAUGUUUUAUAACAUUGGAACUAAGAGACUUGUCAACUUAAGAAUAUAAAAAAGAUAAUUAUAGCGAAUAAAAUUGAUCUGAGAGAAAAUGAUGAGUAGAUUGAAGAUUAUAAAUUAUAAGUUAAAGAAUCAUUCAAAGAUUGCCAUUUUUUCUCCUGUUCAGCCAAAACUGGAGAAAACAUAGAUGAGGUCUUCAAAGAAAUAGCGAAAAUCUUAAUAGAAUCAUCACCAAAGAAGAAAGAGGAACAAUUACAUAGAGAAGAAUUUUGUUCUUGUUUAAUAUUUUGAUAUAUUUAUUUAUUUUCUUCAUCCAUAAUUUGAUAAUAAUAUUUCAAUAAUAAUAAAUAUAUAUAUAAAUCAUAUUAAAAAGUAAAGGAAAAGAGUUGAUAUAUGAUAUUCAAAUCUAACGAGGAGAAUGAUAAUAAUAUUUUACAAUUCUUAACUAUGAAUUAGAUAUUAUUGAAAGGAUAUUUUCAUUAGGAGUAUACUUUAUAUUGAGAAUAUUUAAUAGUCACAUAAUGUUAUAAAUAAAACAACUUAUGUGCAAAUUUUCUCAUCAGAAUUUUAAAUAGAAACAAAAAAAGAUAUAUUUCUAAAUUACCAACGUGUUGCUGAUAUCUUAUAAAGCUAUUGAAUUUCAAAGCAAAAAGUUGAAGAUUCAUAUAAAGAUGUGAUUCUAAAUAAGCCAUCAAUAAUUAGUUUGCUUUGAAUUUCUGAAUCCUAUCCUAAUAGUUUGUUAUACAAUUGUUAUGAAC